AUGACUCACUAAAGCAAGUGAACAUUCGCAAGGAAGAGGAGGAAAAGACAAAUAUGUGUCAAAUCAAGACUUGCUUUCAAUUCUAACAGAAUCAGGACUCGGGAGACACAUUAUACUAUUCAUCCAACUUAUUUUGUUUUUUUGCUAAAUCAGCUUUUUUAAAUCCUGGGUCUGUGUAUUCCAAGCUCUGUUUUUUAAUUGGGUUUAUUAUGUGUCUGAUUCUGUACUCCAAUAUGCUUCUAGCAAGUCUCGUGGCAAUCCUGUUGGCACGUACCAGUCAUGCCAUGCGCUUCUUGAGUGGUCAAAAAGUGUGUUAUGCAGACUAUAAGCACCCUUGCUACAAGAUUGCUUAUUUCCAAGACUUAUCAAGACGCGUUGGGUUUCAGGAAGCCAGGCAAGCUUGUGAAAUUGACGGCGGCGCUCUUUUAAGCAUUGAAAGUGAAGCUGAACAAAAACUCAUUGAGAGGAUGUUACAAAAUCUAACAAAUUCAGCUUCUGGAAUUUCUGACGGGGAUUUCUGGAUUGGCCUUUGGAGAAAUCUUGAAGCUAUGGCUUCAUCAGGAGCUUGUCCAGACCUGUACAGAUGGUCCGAUGGAAGUGUUUUCCAAUACAGAAAUUGGUAUGCAGAUGAGCCGUCGUGUGGAAGCGAGGCCUGUGUAGUGAUGUAUCACCAACCGACUGCAAACCCUGGGAUUGGAGGCCCAUACUUAUAUCAGUGGAAUGAUGACAGAUGUAACAUGAAGCACAAUUUUAUUUGCAAAUAUGCUCCAGAAAAUAUCCUAGAGAAAGAAUUAGGAGACAGAGCAGAGCCAGAUUAUGAUCCUUACUCCCCAACAACAACACAGAGGAUGCUUGUAACAGGCAAGCCAGAGGACUCUUCUCAUGUAAUCAUCGCAGAAACAGGAAUAAUGCCAAAUCUAAUUUAUGUUAUUAUACCCACCAUACCAUUACUCUUGCUCAUACUGGUGGCGCUGGGAACCUGCUGCUUCCAGAUGCUUCAUAAAAACAAAGAACGGUCAAAAACCAGCCCAACUCAAUCCACCCUGUGGAUUUCAAAGGCCCCGAGGAAUGACAUCACAAUGGAAGUUUAAUGUCGCAAUGACUCAUUUCACUACAAUUCAAGAAAGAUAUACAACAGUUUAUUUUCUGGAUGGCUGCACUACAGAGUAUCAGCUUGGAAUGACUUACCAUUCAGCAUCAGCAAGAAGAACUAAAAGCUCCCCCUGGAGGCACAUUUGAAGAACUCUUUUAUAAUGCUCUGAUUUGAUUCUAAAGUAAACAGUAAUUUGUGUCUUGCUCCAUUAAAAGCAAACAAACUAUGCUUAUUUUGCUAGUGGAAAUUCUUGAAUAAUCAUACAACUAAGGAAAAAGGACAACCCCCCCCCCUUGAGAUUUAUACAGAGAAAUGUUAGGUACGCCUGACAUGAUUUGCCAUAAGAAUGGUCGAUUUUGUUAAAUUUUCUCCUGUAUUGUACUUUUUGAUGUACUUCCUACAGUAUUGCUAUGAAUAUAUAUAUAUAUUGUUAAAAAUGUAUUUAUCUUUGCAUAAAGGUUUGAUAGAAAUGAAAUGGGGAAUGUUUUUUUUAUCUACAGUUUUAAUAUACCAUAUAAAAUGGAUUAUCCUGCAAUGCAUUUAACUCAAUGCCUCCUUGAAUUUAAUCUGUGGAAAGGUAUGUUCCCUUUGUGGGGUUAGAAUGGUGUUUAAUGGGCUUUUUUUUUUUUUUUUUUAAAAAAACAGAAUUUAAGUUAAAUGCUAGUUAAAUGCCUUUGUCUGACAUUUCCAGUAAACGUGCAUAUGUAUUUCAAAACAUGAUAAUCUUGAAUGUGCUGCUACAUAAUAACUCCAUGUGUUUGUCUUUC